CUGUAAAUCAAUUCACUGUGACGGUACAGAAGACUGAAGCUUCAACGAGAUGUGAGCUUCAAGGAACCUAUGUGUUAAUACCAGGCAAAGACAGCCUGAUUCUGAAAGAUCCCAGAACAAAACAAGAUGUCUACAAAUGGCCUUAUAACUAUCUUCGCCGAUAUGGAAUAGAUCAGGUAAAUUUUACAUUUGAGGCAGGAAGAAGAUGUGAUUCAGGACAAGGACUUUUUGUAUUCGAAACAAAGGCAGUCAAAGAAAUUUUCCACAUUAUUGAUGCAGCAGUAAAGGAAAAAGAGUCCAAGAAGAAACAGCAACGAUUAAGUUUAACCUCAGUUAGCUCUGAGGCUUCCACAGCGUCCAGUCGACAACUGCUAAGUGUAGCAUCCCUUGGUCAGGAAUCUUCCGAUGAAAAAUCAUCAUCAGGUGGAAGAGUGCUUCCCACGAAGGGCACAGACUCAAAUCGAAAGGUUAAGAAGAGAAAAGAAAAUCGAGAUCGUAAAGGCAAUACCUCACCUUCUGGGGCUAAAGGAGCCGAAAGGAAUCUUCCUGCAACCAAUGAUAGGGAGGGUGUAGGUGAAGUAGUUUAUGCUACUGUCAAAUAUCCUGAAGGAAAACCAACAAAAGUCAAUGUGGAGGAGUCGACAGUUAAUCCUACAACAUACAGAGAUAGUUACAGUGAUGACUCUUUUAUAGACCCAGUGUAUGAGAAUGUUUCGGAUAUAGAAUCCCUGCUGUCAUUUGAGGAAGAGCCAUCUUUUCUCAAAGACAUACAAAAGUCAACCUGUGAAAAUUCACCGAGUAGUUUUGAAGACCAGAACAUCCCUUCUCCUACAGGUUCUAUCCCAGAUUAUGAGAACAUUGCAGUUGAACGCAAUCAGCUGAUUUCUGAAGGUGAUCAUGGUGAAGGGUCUGCAGCCAGGGAGGAAGCUGAGUUACACCAAACUUCUCCUGGGGCAAAACACAAGGAAAGAGAUGCUUCCUUAAGCUCCGGAGCCUCUAAAGCCACAAAAGCAAAAUUUCCAGCUGGUAUCCAAGAGGUUCUAACUGAUCUGUACUCCAAAGAAUUGAGUAAAGCGCGAGAAGGCAAACUGGAGAAGAUUGGCAGGUCAUCUGAGCUGCAGAGAAAGUAUUAAACUGGGAAUAUGGAUGGUUGUGGGAUGGUGGGGGCAGGGCUGGGUGAGUGAUGUCAUCAAAUGAUUAUUGAAAUAGAAAUAAUAUCUCUAACAGUGUUUAUCAUUUUACAGACGUUCAAUGAUUACUUCUUAAUAUUUAUCAUUUUCUCUAGCGAAUCUGUAAAUGCAGUCCGAGUGACAUGAAGAGGCACAUCUUUUUGACCCUCGUUAUUGUUAUCUACAGCUUGACAAAGGUCAGGGGGGACAGGCAGGAAGAUGGAGUGAAGAUCAUAAUCAAAACAGUCAGGGUCUUGUUGACUGGCAGGACUCAAUGACCUACUCCAACUUCCUUUGGCAAACCCUAGCUUCUUCAUGUCUCUAGGAGAAAAAGAGUUAGUGACUAUACAGGAGCUGGCAGGUUCAAGGAAGGGAACUCCACUGCCUUGUGUUUCUCAAUUUGGAAGUGAAAAUCCAGCCUGGUGUCACUGUUAGUCAUAUGUAGGACCUUGCCCUUACUGAUAGCCAACUGUCACCAUAGGCAACUGGAAGAAAUCUA